UUCCACUGAAACCCUAGCGAUGUUCAUGGCCUUCUUCUUGCCUCACACGCAAUCGUUCCGGCGACACUGAACUUCCGCCGCCGGGAAUGGCCGAUGAGUCGCCGCCGGUUAACACCGUGUUCGAUUUAGCUGAGCUAGGGUUUCUGUUGGAUAUCGGAUUCGGAGAUCAUUCUCUUUCAAGUUUCGACUAAUUAACCGAUUUUUUCUUAAGAAAACCGUCGUAACCGCUCGCCGAACCUGGGAACCGUUACCGGCUGGCGGAUCCCUAUUUGUUGAGUCGUGAUGGCGAGGGGAGGGCAGUGCUUCGAGAAGCUUCGGAGGUUCGUUCGGAUGGUUUUUUUCGUGGGGACAUUGGUAGCGUCGCUGCUGGUGACGUCGCUGCCGGUGCUCAUUGCGGUGGUCGACGUUCUCGUGCCUUGCGUUUUGAUUUCGAGCUUCACGUGCGUCAGGUGCUACGGCUUCAAGGAGCAUUUUCGUCGAUACGCUUUCAAGAGCUCAUUGACGGAUAUUCCUCUCGUUUCAGUCAUAAGAUCCUUCAUCAUUAUCUGUGUUUAUUCCAUUUGUGAUGGACCCGCUCUUUCGCAUGGUCCUUACCUUGGAACUGUGACUCUGUCCUCUUCUAUUUCAAUUGUUCUACUUUCAGUCAAAGCUUGCGUUUUCACUGUAAAUUCCCAGAUUGAAGCAGAAACUUCGGUUUCCCCUACAAGGCAGAGACUCCAUUUGAAGAAGUCGUGGGGAAUGCCUGUCUUAUUUCUCUCGUCAGUUGUGUUUGCCCUUGGCCAUACUGUGGUUGCUUAUAGAACUAGCUGCCGAGCAAGGAGGAAGCUCCUGUUUCACCGAGUUGACCCUGAAGCGGUCCUUUCAUGCAAAAACGUUUUCUCUGGCUAUCAGAAGGUCCCUCGUUCUCCUGUUCCCUCUGGGGGGAGAACCCCAAAAAGUGAUAGUGAAAUGAAGUGUAGAGCUUUUGGAGCAGCUCGUGAUGAGGAACUGCCAGUCAGAUUACUUUCAGACUCAGAGAGCUUAUUCCUCACCUGCCAAGGCCUUACCCUCCAUUACAAGCUCAGCCUGCCUGGUUCACCUCCUCUUAACUUGUCCUCAACAUCCUUGCUUGAAUCUAGUUCUAUUUGCAGUACUUCAUCAAUGGCUGGGGGCUUGUCAAAGUUUAGUAGGAAUUUACUGUCUAUGUCUCCAAAAAGCCAACGACAACUCUACAGGAGCUAUAGCAAUCAAUUCCAUAGCUUAUCUUUACAUGCCCCUCUUUUAGAUGGUCCAGUAACUACUCCCCUUCUUUCUGACAAUAUCCCCAUUUUUCAUCUAGAUGAAAUUUGUGAAGCUGAUGAAACAAUUAAUUUAGAAUCUUCGUCUUUGGAGCAAAGUUUAGAGGGCGUUGGCCAAGUAGGUAUUGUUUUAAUACAUGGGUUUGGGGGAGGUGUCUUCUCUUGGCGACAAGUAAUGGGAUCUCUAGCUCGGCAGAGUAAUUGCACAGUUGCUGCAUUUGACAGGCCUGGUUGGGGAUUGACUUCAAGGCUGCGUCAGGAGGAUUGGGAGAAAAAAGAACUGCCUAAUCCUUAUAAACUUGAAAGUCAGGUUGACCUGCUUUUGUCUUUCUGUUCUGAGAUUCGAUUUUCUUCAGUUGUGCUAAUUGGUCAUGAUGAUGGAGGGUUGCUUGCUUUGAUGGCUGCACAGAGAGUUCAAACAUCAAUGAAUUCUUUCAAUGUUACAGUGAAAGGGGUUAUAUUGCUAAAUGUUAGCUUGUCAAGAGAAGUAGUUCCUUCCUUUGCCAGAAUCCUUCUGCAUACCUCACUUGGAAAGAAGCAUUUGGUUCGUCCACUCUUAAGAACAGAAAUCACCCAAGUGGUGAAUCGGCAUUCAUGGUAUGAUGCUACCAAAUUGACAUCAGAAGUUUUGACUCUCUACAAGGCGCCUCUAUAUGUAGAGGGAUGGGAUGAAGCACUUCAUGAGAUUGGUAAAUUGUCAUCUGAAACCAUUCUUUCAGCCAAAAAUGAAGAAUCAUUAUUACAAGCUGUAAAAGACAUUCCAGUGUUGGUUAUAGCUGGUGCUGAAGAUUCACUUGUCUCUAUGAAAUAUUGUCAAGCAAUGGCCUCCAAAUUUGUAAAUUCUAGACUGGUUGCGAUAUCCGGAUGUGGCCAUUUACCUCAUGAGGAGUGUCCAAAUGCGUUGCUUGCAGCUAUAUCUCCCUUCAUUAGUAAACUCUUCUCUGUUUUUGUCCAAUCAUUUGUGAGUGGCACGUGAUAAGCCAUGUCACAUUCGUCAGAGGAAAAUGUUGGAGAAUUUAAGUGGGGUAAUAAGAGGGAAGUUGGUGGGGAGAAUAAGGACGUGCGGUACUAUGAAUCAUUUGUUUUCGAAAAUAAGGAGUACUUUCUACAUGAUUGUGCAUUCUUUCAUCCUACAGGGCUUGUUGAGACUUCUAUCGGCAAGAUUGUGAACUUGUUUGAGACGUCAACUUGUCAAAAGAUGGCCAGAGUUAUCUGGUUUCUUCGUCCUGCUGAGAUUCGGAAGUUCUUUGGAGAUUAUAAGCCAUGUUGGAAUGAGUUGUUUUUGGCAUCUGGUGGGGGCAAAGCUGUUUCCAAUGACUUUCCUCUGGAAGCAAUUCUUGGAAAUUGCAGUAUUGUUUGCACUUCAAAGGACAAGAGAAAUCCUGAGCCAUCUGAAACGGAAUUAAAGAUGGCAAACUACUUUUUCAGUUAUACUUUUGAUGUUGACAGGCGUGUAAUCAGUGAUAAAUUUCCUGAUGUGAUUGGUGGAGUUAAAGUGGAGCUGUUCUUUAACAGGGAGAGGGAUAUAAAACCCAGUACCCAUCUGCAUGUUGGGACAAAUAUAAGACCUAAAAUUGAGAUUAAGAAUAAGAAUGAUCCUUCGACUAUCUUGCACUGUCAAGUUAAUGAUAAAGCUGAAGUGAGGACUUCUGAGAAUGUGUUGCCAAAGGGAUCAUCGCAUUCUUUUCCAUAUAAAAAGAGGAAGAUCGUAGAGGAGAAGUCAACCAUUGGUCAAAGUAGCAAAACCCUUAAGGAAGAGGAAACUGAUGAGAAGAAGCUACAAGUCAGUCAGGAUAAAAGAGUCAAAACAUACAAAAAUGUUAUUGUCGUGACCGAAAGACCAAAUGCAGAAAAAAGAAAGUGGUUUAAGAAAAUGCCUUGGGAUGACAGACUACAGAAAGCUCAAGAGUUGGAUUCCCUGAUUUUACUGAAUAAUCUGGAUCCAUCCUAUACGUCACAUGAAGUAGAGAAUCUUGUAUGGCAUGCUCUCAAUGAGCAGGUUGAGGCAAGGAUGAUAGAAAGGAGCCUGACUUCCAAUACAUACUGUGGUAGAGCAUUGGUUAUUUUUAAAACAAAAAAAGCAGCUGAAUCUGCAAUAUCUGAGUUGAACAAGAGAUGCCUUAUUCUUGGAGGAGGGAGGAUUGUAUGUGCCACAAAGGAAACUUUAAGUGAACCAGUCAAGAGAGGAAAAUUCACAGGCCAUUUGGUCUUUGACAGAACUGCACUUCAUAAGCAACGCCAGGAGAUUGUAGCCUAACUCAUCUAAUUGGUUGAUUUACUUUACCUUAUUCCCCCACAUUUGAAAACAUGAUUUACUUUGUGUUUUUUGCUUUUUUUAAGAGAAAUGCAGUAUCAACAUCACAUUGUUCCCAGCCCAACACAAUUGAGUACGAGAUGGCCACUGAAUGGCUACUGCAAUAUCUGAAAUCCAAUUAUCAGUGGAAUGCGCUGUAUAAGAAACAAAUGAAGGAGAUACAAGAUGUAAAGAGUAAACUUAAAAUGGACAGAAUUUUUUGUGCCGACAGUUAAAUCCUUCUUUAUGAAAGAAAAUUCUUUUUCUGAUAUUUGACUUUCUCUAAAUAGCAAUCUAACGAAAUUUUGAGAGGGGCGUGUUGUAGUUAUAUAUCCACAGGUAAGAGGAAAAUUGUAGGAAGGCUAGUUCACCCCAGCCACGUUGUUUUGU